CAACAGCGCCCUCUUGAGUCCAGACAGAAAAACAACUAGCGCCAGCAGCAGCACAGUAGUAGCAGCAGCAGCUAGUAGUCCUGGGACAGUUGUAGUCCAACUAGCUUUCCAGAGAGUUGCGAUGGUUUUAAAUCUUUCACGAUGUCUGAAAUGCUGCUGAAAGAUAUGGAUGAGAUUUCUCUCGGGCCUGUUAAAAUGGAAGAGCAGAAGGAAAACGGACGGAGCUUUCUGCUGGUGGACGAAAACGAAAGCUUGCAGGUGAAGAACGAAGCAGAGUUUUUGCAGAAGUUGGGCUGCAGUGCUGCUCAAGGAGUCAAAGUGCUUUCUAUCUUCGGUAACACGGGUGACGGCAAGUCCCACACUCUCAAUCACGUGCUUUUCAAUGGUGAGGAGGUGUUCGCCACGUCUCCUUCUCCGUCCUCAUGCACGGUGGGCGUAUGGGCCUCUUACGAGCCGCGCCUGAACCUGAUCGUGCUGGACACGGAGGGCCUGCUCGGGGCCGCCAGUCAGCAGAACCGGCGGAUGCGUCUGCUGCUGAAGGUUCUGGCCGUAUCGGACGUGGUCAUCUACCGCACACGGGCCGAGAGGCUGCACAACGACAUGUUCCAGUUCCUCGGCAGCGCAUCGGCCGCUUACCUGAAGCACUUCACACCUGAGCUCCGCGCUCUGUCUAGCCGCUGCGGGCUUGACGUGCCUCUCUCCAGCCUGGGACCUGCUGUUAUAGUUUUCCAAGAGACUUUUCGUACUCAGCUGCUAGGCCAGGAUGGCUCUGUCCCGGGGCAAGCAGACACACUGCUGCAAAAGCGCUUCCAUGACUUGGGCCAGAGUACAGACGCCUUCAGCUCCGUUCAAUACGUGGGCACCCAAACCAUCACUCCCCCCACAGACUACUCACAGUUACUGCAGAUAGUCAAUCAGCAGGUGAAGAACACAUCCCAGCGAGCCCCGCGCCAGCCUGCCAUUGUGUUCAGUGCAUUGCAGGCCUUGAGCAACAGGUUCUGUGGCGAGAUCUCAGAUGACAAAAUCAGCAUAUGCUCCUUCUUUCCUGAUGAAUAUUUCACUUGCCCAUCAGUCUGUCUCAGCUGCAAUGUUCGGUGUAAGAACGGCAUGAACCACCAGAAAGACGGGGUCUCACACAUGGCUGAUGGAUUAUGCCAGUAUGCCCACCAAUACAACAAUAAAGUUCUCAUUUGUAAGAGGUGCUAUGAGAGUGGAAAAGAAGUGAUCGUCAUACCGAAAACAUCUGCCUCCACAGAUAACCAAUGGCUUGGUCUGGCCAAGUACGCGUGGUCAGGCUAUGUUUUAGAAUGUGCCAGCUGUGGCAUCAUCUACCGCAGUAGACAGUACUGGAUGGGCAACCAGGAUCCAGAGAGCGGUGUGGUGCGGCCAGAGGUCAAGCAUGUCUGGCAGGGGACCGAUGCCUUCCAGACAGACCAUCAGAAUGCAGCUCAGCGGGUUUUGGAUGGAAUGAAUUACAUAAUUCAAUCAGUGACAGAAUACAGCUCAGGCCCAACUAAAGCCGUCACAGCCUGGCUCACAGACCAAGUGGCUCCACCCUACUGGAAACCCAACUCUGAAAUCACUGAAUGUCAUGGUUGUAAGAGAGCGUUUGAGGAGGCGGAGAGGAAACACCACUGUCGGGCAUGUGGGGAGGGUUUCUGUCAGGCCUGCUCCACUCACAGCAUGCCAGUGCCCGAAAGGGGCUGGGGCGGCACCCCUGUACGAGUGUGUGAUGCCUGUUACCAGCAGGGAGGACCCCAGCACACUAGACAGGUGGCUGUUACAGAACCCCGGACACUAGUCGCCCGCAGAGUGACAGAAGUAGCUCAGUCCACUCUGGAUAUGGUCUCCACCGCAGUGGACUACCCCCUAUGUUUCGUAAAGGGAGUUGCGAGACCAGAUUAUUGGAUCCCAGACCAUGAGAUCACCCAGUGCCACAGCUGUACUAAACCCUUCACCCCCAGCAUGUCCAAGCACCAUUGCCGGGCAUGUGGUGAGGGAGUGUGCGGGAACUGCUCGAUGAAGACCAGGCCAGUGCCCUCUCGUGGCUGGGACCACCCUGUGCGAGUGUGUAACGGCUGCGCUGACAGCAGGGAUUCCCUGUGACCUUGCUUUGACUCUGUAGUGCCCCUCCAAUACAGCUUGGUGCUCAGAUGCAGGUUGUAGGCAGUUUUCAUCCAUAGCCAGUGCAAUCGGGGCUGGGAGGAAGAUGAAACCCACUGCAGUUGCAUAGACAAACACUCAGGCCCUUCGAAGCAUUAGAGAGUGAUGAUAUCUGGGUUAUAUUUCAUCUCAAAAUCAAAAGAGAAAAAUACUAAAUGAUAUGUUGCAUAAUGAAAAUAAUUUGUGGAUAUAUAUAUACAUACAUUAGUGCUGUCAAACGAUUAAUCACAAUUAAUCACAUCCAAAAUAAAAAAAUAAUUACAUACUAUAUGUGUGUGUACUGUGUAUAUUUCUUAUGUAUAUAAUAUAUAUUUAAAUACACACACAUACAGUAUAGAUUUUGAAAAUAUUUACAUGCAUGUAUUUAUAUUCAUAUAAUUGAUAUUGUAUACAAAUAUUUAAUAUAUAAAUGUAACAUUUUUCUUAAAUAUAUAUAUGCAUAGGUGUGUAUUUAUAUAUACAUAAUAAAUAUACACAGUACACACACAUAUACUAUGUAAACAAAAACUUGUGUGUUGUGUAUAUUUAUUAUGUAUAUAUAAAUACACACACAUACAGGAUAUAUUUUGAAAAUAUUUACAUGUAUAUAUUUAAAUUCAUAUAAUUUAUAUCAUAUAUAAAUAUAUUUAAUAUAUAAACGUAACAUAUUUUUCUUAAAUAUAUGCAUGCAUGUGUGUUUAUUUAUAUAUACAUAAUAAAUAUGCACAGUACGCACAUAUAUAUUAUGUAAACAAAAACCUUUAUUUUGGAUGCGAUUAAUCGCUAUUAAUCGUUUGACAGCACUAAUAUAUAUAUAUAUAUAUAUAUAUGUGUUUUUUUUUUUUUUUGACUUUGGGAUGAAUAAACAACCCAGAAAUUUUCUAUUAUUUGUGAGAUUUGCUACGGAAAUUAAAAAGAGGAAAAUAGAAAAUACUAAUUUUAAGAGAUUUUGAUAGAUUCUAGCUAUUGACUAUAGUGCUGGCACUGAAACGAAUUGCCUUCUAAAUGUGCAUUUCUGUAAAUAAUUUGUUGAUUAAACAUCUUAAUGUUUUUAUCCCAAAGAUAAGAUGUAAUCUCCAUAACAGUCUAAAACAGAGAGCAAGAGCAGUAAAUAUUAACAUAUCUAAUACACAGUAAAUUAUCACUUGGUGGUAUGUAGGUUCUCAGAUAUCUAAUUAAGAAACAUUUGCAGCCUUACUUUUAUUGGUACAGUUUUAUAUUUUAUUCCAGGAACAGCAACAGAAGUAGACAAGUUAAGCCUAGAAUUCACAUUCCAGUUCAGGCAAUGCAGUUUAUCUUGUCAGUUCAUAUCUCAUUGUAUUUUUUCUGAAAUAGCGACUGCACUUUAUCAAAUAUUUACUAUUGUGGUCAACUUUAGUUGAGAGCCAUAUAAUCUAAUACAUAAGAUGCAAACUGUACAUAUAUAAUGAAAAUGGAAUUAUUCUACAGCAUUUACAGUGCCUAAUGGAUCUCAACCACUAUCUUGCAUAUAACAGGAUGAUUUCACAGUGUGGGUGUCUGACAUUUAAUAUAGGCUCACACUAAACUCAACACAGAUGACUGAAUGUUGAGCCAUCACAACAGCAUCACUCUGUAGUUUCCUAACAUGUGUACAGCUUCGAAAAUGGCUUAUAUAAGGCACUUUAUUCAUAUUUGAUCGGAGAGAUUCCAUGUGGAAUUUCUUAAAGGGAUAUUUCACCCAAAAAUGACAAAUCUAUCAUUUACUCACCUUUAUAUCCAUGAUACACUUCCAUAGUAUUUUUUAUUUUAUUUUUUUUCUGUCCCUAUUAUGGAAGUCAAUGGCUACCGUCAGCUGUUUGGUUACCAACAUUCUUCAAAAUAUCUUCUGUGAGCAAAUGACAUAAUUUUCAUAUUUGGGUGAACUAUCCUUUUUGUUUUUUUUUUUUUUUAACAAUUCUGCUUCUACUCUUUGUAUUUUUAUCUGGAAUAGAACAUUGUAGUCUUCUAUGAAGGGAUUUAACCAAAGCAAUGGUUUUAAUUACAUAUAACUGAACCUGCAUUUGACAAUCCUGCAAUCUUUGUUUUGAUUGGCCGGUACUGUUUUUCAGACUUCUAAUCAGAACAUUAAAGUUAUUUCAAAACAGCGUGCCCUCUUGAUUCACAAGAUAACAGACAUCUAUGGAAAAUAAUGGGUUCUAGCUCUGUACGUGAACAAACUCGAGGUCAUCUGGAGGUAGAGGUCUAGAUUUCCUGCUCAAGGGCCUUAAAUAGAUGAAAGGGACUCAAAAUCUGAUUUAAAUCAUGGAGGUUGUACUCACAUUUCCUCCAUUUAUAACAUUACUGUCUGGCAAACAGCCUGCCUCAUCUCAUCUACAGGAAACUGUCUUGAGAGGUUUACUGAUUGUAAUGUCAGCUCUUGUGUGAGUGUCAUUAAGAAUCACACACACUGUAAAACAGGGCUGCUAAUGGGGUCAGGUAACUGUUGGGACUGUGGUACUACCCAAUAACUGGCCAAUUCUCUUAUGUCAGUCCUUUUAGUGAUCAACAACAUAAGUCUUUCAGUUGCUGAUACUGAUAUCUAGAGAACAGGGCUGCUAAAAUGCCAGUAUAGCAUACAGUACUGGUCAAAAAAUUAGAAUCAUUAAGAUUUUUCAUGUUUUUGAGUCACUUAUGGACACCAAGGCUGCAUUUAUUUGAUUAAAAAUACUUGAAUGAAAUAUUUGAGUUUAUUUUAAAAUGUCUUUAUUCCUGUGAUGCAAAGCUGAAUUUUCUGCUUCAUUACUCCAGUCUUUUAGAGUCACAUGAUCCUUCAGAAAUCAUUCUAAAAUGCUGAUUUGCUGCUCAAGAAACAUUUAAAAUAUUUAGCAAUUUUGAAAACUGUUGUUUUUUCAGGAUUCUUUGAUGAAUAAAGUUAAAAUAGAAAUAUUA